GAGAUCAUACAACCAGCUGGCACGUGUUUUGGCGGAAUUUGAGGCCCUCUACUACCACAAUUGGUAUGACCGGGUGCAGAAACAAGAGGGUGGCAUGAACGUGCCCCUGUUGACACGCAACCCCGAGACGGGAUGUUUCCACGUGAACCUCGACUUUGGCGUCAUUACGGUGAUUCAGGAUGCAAAGCACAUCCACGCCCUUGGUCUGCCAAUUCCGGACUCCACGAUGCGGCUCCUCAUCCUGGAACGGGAAAUGAAACUCUUUGUUGGCAGGUGA